AUGGAUGCAGUCUCCGGCACCGAUCAAACAGGGAAGCGGUACUGGCGACGCAUCGAGGACAGAUUCCAUAAACUGAUGCCACGCAUUCGCCAUCCUGUCGAUCGCACGUACCGAUCCCUCCAAGGACGUUGGGACGCGAUCAAACCGGCCUGCAGCCGGUGGGCAGGAGUAAUGGACCAAGUGGUGUCCAAUCCUCCUAGCGACGCAACUGUGAACGAAUAUGACCGCAUUGCCAAUAUGAGGUACAAAGACAUGGUCAGCAGCAAUGGCAAGAGCUUCACCAUGCGUCAUUGCUUUGAUGUGCUUCAACACCUCCCCAAGUGGCAAUUGAGGGACGAAGAAGUAGCACCCAAGAAAGCUGCAAUGGUUGCGCUCGACGACACCGAGGACGAGAAGGAGGGCCGGAACGCUGACAAGCCGGAGGGAAACAAGAAGGCCAAGGAGAGGCUCAAGCUCGAGGGGGAGGCUGCAUUGUUGAGGGACAAGUUUGAUCAAAUGAUGAAGUCCAAGGAGAGGAAGAAGGAGGUGAGCCUUGCCAAGGUUGAAGCCAACCGAGAGAAAGCAAGGAACAAGGCCAAGUUGGAUGAGAUGAGGAUCAAUGUGAAGAAGGCCAUAGCAAUGAAACAACUAUUGGCCGAAGAGAGGGAGAUCAUGAUGAUGAACACCAAGGACAUGAAUGAGCAACAACUGGAGUGGUGGAAGGAGGCCUCGGCGGAGAUCACGGAAAGACGAAGACUAGCUCGUGAAGAGGUAACUGGUGGUGGCUCGGUGACUCAUGGAGGUGGUGGCGAUGAGGGUCACGACGGGCCAACCUUGGUUUGA